AUGGGAAUGGAAAAAUGCAAACUCCGAGCCAAGUCAGCUGUAUAUUGGGUAGUCAUGUACAAAGACAUAAAAAAGAUGGUUUCUACAUGCCAUAUCUGUCAAAAGUACGGAAACUCGCAACAAAAGGAGGAAUCGAUACCCAGUGACAUCCCAAGAUACUCAAGAAGGCCAUGGCAAACUAUUGGAGUAGAUCUGUUCACAGAGAACCAAGAAUGGUACUUGAUUAUGGUCUGCUACUACUCUGAAUUCCCAUUUGCGAGAAAAGUGAAAGACCUGAGAGCCAAAACAAUAACUACAGUGGCUCGAGGACUUCUAGCAGAGCAAGGAAUAUCAGAGCAGAUCAUAUGUGACAACGGAACCCAGUUCACAUCUCAGGAAUUCAAAAAGCUAACCAAUGAAUAUGGGUUCAAUAUUAUAACCUCAUCUCCACACUGCUCCAAAGGUCUAGGAUUCAUAGAAAGACAGGUGCAGAGAGUCAAGAGAACACUAGUCAAAUGCGGGAAACUAAGGAAGACCUACACCUGGCACUACUGUCCCUACGAGCGACACCACUGA